AUGGAGUCCAAACUUCACCCUGCCCUUACUGUGUCUAACAUCAAAACACAUGUCCCCAUUAUUCUUGAAAAAGAUUCAACCUACUAUACCACUUGGAAAAGCCUCUUCAAGGUGCACUGUCAAAUCUAUGAAGUGCUCGAUCAUCUAUCCCCAAAACCAGCCGCUACCAAGUCAGCCGUAGAACCAUCUGAUUCAACGGCUGCUGCGAAAGCCGAGGCUGAUGCCCGGUGGAUUUAUGCCACCAUCUCUGACAUCAUUCUGCAACCAGGUCAGACUGCUCAUGACGCUUGGCUUGCUGUCGAGAGUGAGUUCAACGACAACAAAAACACUCGAGCCAUUUUUCUCGGUCAAGAAUUUGCUAAUCUAUCGCUCGAAAAUUUUUCCAACAUGGCCGAAUACUGCCAGCAUGCGAAACAUCUCGCCGAUCAGCUCAAGAGCGUUGGGUCUCCGGUUGAUGACCAGAUGCUAGUUAUCAGGAUUCUUACUGGCCUUACUGAACAAUAUGACAGCAUGUCCACCGUUCUACAAAAUCGUGAUCCUCUAUCGGAUUUUAAUGAGGUUCGGUCCCCUCUUAACAUGGAAGAACAAAAGAAGAAGAGACAGGUCACCCGGGGUUCCCAAGCCGCAGCCACUGCCCUCGCCACUACCACUACUACCUCGUCAUUGAACAACUCUCAACAGACCAUGUCGUAG